GUAAUUAUCUUAUUGUCAUUACCAAAAAGACGAAAAUAGGUGAAUUUUUCAAUCAUGUAAUCUGGAAAGCAACUGAUUUUGAUGUCCUUUCUUAUAAGAAGACAAUGUUGCACUUGACUGAUAUUCAGUUACAGGAUAAUAAAACUUUCCUAGCAAUGCUAAACCAUGUCUUGAGUAUGGAUGGAUUCUACUUUUCAACAACGUAUGAUUUGACGCAUACUUUGCAGCGGUUGUUCAACACAAGUCCAGAAUUUCAGGAAAUGAGUCUCUUGGAAAGGGCAGAUCAGCGGUUUGUAUGGAAUGGGCAUCUUCUCAGAGAACUGUCUGCUCAGCCAGAGGUCCAUCGGUUUGCUCUUCCAGUGUUACAUGGCUUUAUUACUAUGCACUCAUGUUCUGUUAAUGGGAAAUACUUCGAUUGGAUUCUUAUCUCCAGGAGGAGCUGUUUCAGAGCUGGCGUGCGCUAUUAUGUAAGAGGAAUUGAUUCUGAAGGCCAUGCUGCUAACUUUGUAGAAACAGAGCAAAUUGUGCACUACAGUGGGAGCAGGGCUUCGUUUGUACAGACUCGAGGAUCAAUACCUGUUUUUUGGUCCCAAAGACCAAAUCUCAAGUACAAACCACUGCCACAGAUCAAUAAAGUAGCAAAUCAUAUGGAUGGUUUCCAAAGGCAUUUUGAUUCACAAGUAAUUAUUUAUGGAAAACAAGUCAUAAUCAAUCUGGUAAACCAGAAGGGCUCAGAGAAGCCACUUGAACAGGCAUUUGCAACAAUGGUGUCUUCCUUGGGAAGUGGAAUGAUCAGGUACAUUGCCUUUGACUUCCAUAAAGAAUGUAGAAAUAUGAGAUGGGAUCGACUAAGUAUUUUAUUGGACCAGGUAGCAGAAAUGCAAGAUGAACUAAGUUAUUUUCUAGUAGACUCUUCUGGCAAAGUGGUGACAAACCAGGAAGGUGUCUUCCGCAGUAAUUGUAUGGAUUGUCUAGAUAGGACCAACGUGAUCCAGAGUUUGUUAGCUCGACGUUCACUUCAGGCCCAGCUUCAGAGACUAGGAGUUUUGCAUGUGGGACAGAAGCUUGAAGAACAAGAUGAAUUUGAGAAGAUUUACAAAAAUGCCUGGGCUGACAAUGCAAAUGCUUGUGCCAAACAAUAUGCAGGAACUGGUGCCUUGAAGACUGACUUUACCAGAACUGGAAAGAGAACUCAGUUGGGACUAAUAAUGGAUGGCUUGAACUCACUAAUACGGUAUUACAAGAACAACUUUUCUGAUGGAUUUAGACAAGAUUCCAUAGACUUAUUUCUCGGGAACUAUUCAGUGGAUGAAUUAGAGUCACAUAGUCCUUUAAGUGUUCCAAGGGACUGGAAAUUCCUGGCUUUGCCUAUUAUCAUGGUUGUUGCCUUUUCAAUGUGCAUUAUCUGUUUGCUUAUGGCUGGUGACACUUGGACAGAAACACUGGCCUAUGUGCUCUUCUGGGGAGUAGCAAGCAUUGGAACAUUUUUUAUUAUUCUUUACAAUGGGAAAGAUUUUGUUGAUGCUCCUAGAUUGGUCCAAAAAGAAAAGAUAGACUGAAUUUGUGUUUGUGGAAAGCGGCUUGGCUUGGAAGAGUCCAUGAUGCAGAACUGGAGUCUUUACUGAUCUGCUUUCCACAUCAGCCCGGGUCUUUUUAGCCUUUAUCACAAAGCACCUCAUGUGCUCUGUGCUGGGUGGAGUCUUAGAAUUGAUCUGAUAUUACUGCCUUGAUGAUCUCUUUACUAUUGAGAUGGUUGUAUUUAUAAUUUGCAGCUCUACUAUAAUUGAAAUGUAACCUGAAUUCAGCUCACAGAACAAAAGGAUAUGUUCACUGUCAAGCUAAUCAGCUAUUAACAGAUAAUUAAUAUAUUUUAAAAGUUCAGCCUCUUUCAUUAUUUAAAAUAGUAAAAUUAUUUUUCUGGCUCUGUUUCAUUAUUGUCAUUGUAGCAGUCACUGUUAGCAAGCAUACUUUUCCACACAUCUUGGGACUUUUCUUAAAAAUUUAGUGAUAAGCUAACUCUACAAUGUUUAUAAAAUGUAAGUCUCCUACAGACAUCAAGUAGUUUGAAGAGAUGGUCUGUGACUUCAUGGGAGGGAAGAGGAGAAUGGGGUCUGGGCUUCUUUCAAGUUUCUGGUGGCUGCCUCUUGACCUCAGUCAACUUGAACUGCUGCGGUGCGCCAGUAGUUUAAGUGUGAUGAAAGAGUUCAGGUAUACUUUAUCUUUUUUAAAAAGGUGUAAAUGAAAUCAAAGAAUGUAAAGUCUGUCUCUUAUGCUAAAGGUCCAAAGCCUUCUCUUUUUAAGGACUGCUCCAUUGUGGAAAUGCUGUGGGCUGGCCAGCUGCUUCCUUUUGGUUUCUUUGGGGACUACUCUUUGGGUCAUACAGCACUCUGAGAGGAUUUAUGCUAAAUUUGAUACUGCACUUGGGACAACAGCUGCUUUUUCAUGCAUGGUACUAUUGCUUUUCACUCUGUCGAGGUUUUUGUUGGCUACCAAUAAGUGUGUCUGAAAUUUAAUGCUUCCAGGUAGUUAUAGUUCUCCAAAUCAAGGACCAACUUCAACUUUAUGUGCAAAAACAAACCUGAAAAAUAGUGUUUCACAGGCUGUUCGUAAUUUUAACUGUCAGAUUGUAUAUGCAAAUUGUAAUUAUGAGGUUUAGAUAUUAGAGCAGUAUGUAAGGUAGUACAAUUACCAUUAUUUUAAAGUAAUUCGGUUAAACACUGCUACAGUAUUUCAGUGUUUUGCUUGAAAAUAUGUACAGUUUUUUUUCCAAUGGCAGUACCUUAUGUUGUCCUUAAAUAUUUCAAAAGCGCCUUUAUUUUAACAUUACCUUUUUUCAACAUUAUCUUUUAUAAAUACUAACAAGAGUUGUUGCUUUUAGAAAUUCUAAAGGAAAUAAUAGCUGGGGGUAACCCUGUGUUGUUUAAAAUCAGUCAUUAAAAACUCACAGUAGGGUAAAUUAAUAGUGCCGCCUAUUCUUAAUAUAUAAAUUGGUGUAAUUUGUUCCAAAGAUGGAAUAUUGAGACUUAGCUCAUGCCUACUGUAAUAUAUUAUUCAAAUGCUUCUGAGCAUUUCAUAGUAAGAACUUAAUGUCAACAACUACAACAAAGACCAAAUCUGAACCGCUAGUGUGGCUGCUUUCAGGGAGAAUGGAUUAAUGAUAUUGGUAUGUUGGGUCGUAAGCUAUCAAUAUUUCAGAACCCUGCAAUGAUUUUAUUUCUUAAUUCAUGUACUGUAAGUCCAUAAGUGAAAAUAAAAUGUAAUAUUCUUUUCUAAUUACUGUUGGUGUCAUUC